GGUCAAAAUUCACUCAAUCAAACCCCACACAAACCCAUCUUCAAAUCCAACGGCCAAGAUCAUUUCCUCCUCUUUCUCCCGCCCGGGUCUCCGUCCUCCUUCUCACCUCUACCACGCCCCUUCUUCUCUUUCUCUCUUCUCUCUCUUCUUCUUCUAAAUCUUUCUUUUUCUUUCCAUUUAGAACCCUAUAUGAUUUUAUAUUUACAAUUUAGUCCCUCUUCUUCACAUCCUUUUUAUCCAAAACUCCAACUCCACCCUUCCUUCCUCUCAUCUCUCUCUUUCACUUCAUCCGACGCUCCACAAACUUCCACGUCCUCGUCGUCUUCUUCGUCGUCUCGAUCCCCUAUUUAUUAACCGCUUUCCCUUUUUCUAGGGUUUCAUCUUCGUCUCCAGAUCUCGCCGACCCCUUGCGCCCUCGCUCUGGUGGGGUUUCUUGCGGGAUUUUAUGGCGAUCGUGAAGAAUAGUAUUAGGGUUUCGAAGCUUGAUGGUGAUCUCUCGCCGGGGACUGCGUCAAGCGAUGAAGAUGAGGAUGGGCUCUCGCCGGCGGCGGCUUCUGAUGCGUCUUUGCAGUCGGAUGGAGAGGAUUCUGGGAUGGGAUCGGAUGAGUAUGAUGUUUCGGAGCUUGGGGAGGCUGGGACGGAGCUUUGCCAGGUUGGGAAUCAGAGUUGUAGCAUCCCGCUGGAGCUUUAUGACCUUCCUGGGCUUGGUGAUGUUCUUUCUGUUGAGACUUGGAAUGAGUGUCUCUCUGAGGAGGACCGGUUUGCGCUCUCGGUUUAUCUCCCGGAUAUGGACCAGGAGACCUUUAGCCUUACUCUUUUUGAACUCUUCUCCGGCGCUAACUUCCACUUUGGUAGCCCUCUUGCUGACCUUUUCAAUAAGAUGAAGGGUGGGUUCUGUGAACCGAGGGUUGUGCUGUGCCGGCGGGGAGUGAAUUCUUUUCAGAGGCGCAAGCAUUAUCAUAGGCUUAGAGAGUAUCAUAAUUCCAUGGUGCGGGGUCUUGCGUGGAUUAAAGAUGCUUGGCAGGACUACACUGGGUAUGAUAUCCAGGAAAGGCUUAAUCUUUUGAACAUCCUGAGGAUCAACGGGAAUCUAGGUGGCAUUGGAGAUGUGGCAGGGUCUGAGACUGAUUUGGAGAGUGAGGAUUCUGGAGAGAGGAUUUGGAGCAAGAGGGCUAAGGGUGUCAAAGCCAUCUUUUGAUGUGGUGGGUUUGAAGCAGGUCA